AGAAAGCAGGAAGCACGUCAGAUCCGUUAGUGUUCUCUUCUUCCCAAUUUCAUAGUUAGAUCGCCAUAAAUUCAAGUCAAGAGUCAAAACUUGUUCUUCUCAGAAUUGUUGAGAGCUAGAGAAAACCAAAAAGAUGCAUUCAUUUGGGUACAGAGCCAAUGCCUUGCUUACUUUAGCAGUCACUGUUCUUGCUAUUAUGUGUGCCGUUGCUUCUUUCUCCGAUAAUUUCAAUUCUCCUACUCCAUCCGCUAAAAUUCAGGUGGUUAAUAUCCAAAGGCUUCACAAACUAUCCAAUGGUAAUGACGAGGUCGCGAUGGUGUUGAAUAUAUCUGCAGAUCUCCAGUCAUUGUUUACUUGGAAUACAAAACAGGUGUUUGCAUUUGUUGCUGCUGAGUAUGAAACUACUAAAAAUGCGCUGAAUCAGCUUUCCCUCUGGGAUUCUAUAAUUCAAUCAAAAGAGAAGGCAAAGUUUACAGUUCGUAUCUCAAACAAGUACCGAUUCACCGAUCAGGGGAACAAUUUGCGAGGUAAGGAGUUCAACUUGACAUUGCACUGGCAUGUUAUGCCCAAGACUGGAAAGAUGUUUGCUGACAAAAUAGUGCUACCGGGAUACCGUUUGCCAGAGGAAUACAGAUGAUCCAAUAUCAACUCGGUCUUAGAUUCUGAGGUUAAGAGGCUCGGUUUUUAAGGAUGUACGUUCACAUAAUCACAUCGCUUGUUCAGAUGAUGUCACAAAGUAACGCAAAUAGAGCUUUCAAUUUUCAUUUUAGUUGAAUAGCAAUGGAUUUCUGUAUCAAUGCAAGACGGAAUUCACCUACUGACAUACGACUUAGUUUUACAAUUGCUAAAACAUGGCCAAGAAUUUUGUUAAGGACUUAGUUGAAUUUUGUUGUCUUUAAACCAA